CUCAGAUGCCCUCUCUAGGUCUAUCAGUCGCGCCUGACAGCCCUGGUUCCUCAAUCUUUGACCUUCCUGCAAAGUCGCCAUUGCAUACCAAGACAUCCACCGUUCCCGGUGGACCUUCUCGUGAAUAUGUCGGCUUUACGUCCACCGAGCCAAAGGACUCGCCGUCAUUCCUGGUGAUAUCUGGCGGUACCGGGUGUAACUCGAUCUGUUCGGCUUUUGGUAACGCUUGCUAUGUCCUCCCUGUAUCUGACGAUGGAGGGUCAUCGAGUGAGAUUAUACGUGUGCUGGGAGGACCGUCUAUCGGUGACAUACGGUCGAGGUUGAUACGAUUGAUCCCUCCAAGUCCUGCUGGAUCGCCCUUGGAUGCUAUUCGAAACUUGCUGGCGCAUCGGUUCCCAGCUGAUAUGACCGAACGGGAGGCGCGCGAUGAAUGGCGGGAUGUGGUCGAGGGCCGGAGUGCCCUGUGGACUGGAAUCCCAAAUGAUCGGAAAGAGCUUAUAAGAGGUUUCCUCGUUCAUUUCGAAAGCGAGCUCCUGAAACGGGCGCAGAAGAACUUCUCCUUUCUGAAUGGAAGCGUUGGUAACUAUUUCUUAGCGGCAGCCCAAGAGUUUUUCCGAUCGCUGCCAUCUGCCAUCUUCCUCUUUUCAUCUAUCACGAACAGUCAGGCAAAUAUACUACCUGUCAUAAUUACGAAUCACACCGUCACCAUCGCUGCGGAGCUGGAAAACGGAGACAAGAUAGUCGGGCAAUGCAACAUCUCUCACCCGGUUUCUUCCUCGGCGCCAUCCAUCAACGUAACCGACUCGGACCCAACUUCACCCGUCGUAGCACAUCCCCAAAAUGUCAUGUUCAGGGCAGAUUCGAAGGACGACUGGUCCGCAUUAGAAUCUCGCAUAUCCCGGUUGUACUACAUCAAUGCUUACGGGAACGAGAUACAACCCGCACCCAAUCCUGACUACCUGGCAAACAUCGCCACCAAUGAUGUCUUGGUAUACUCGUGCGGUUCACUGUGGACUAGCAUAAUCCCGUGCCUUGCUCUGAGAGGUGUUGCCACCGCGAUUGCGCGCUCGCCUUCUCUUAGGGCUAAAGUCCUCCUUUUAAACUCUAAGAACGACAGAGAGACAGCCGACUACACCGCUGUAGACUACAUAGAAGCAAUCGUCAGAUCUCUGAAAUGCGCUUGCGCUCGCCGCUCUGACGAUACGUAUCCGACUUCUGCAUUCAUCACUCACCUUGUCUACCUCCGCGGCACCUCCGUUCCAGUGGAGAUAGAGCGGAUAACUGCGAUGGGUGUUGCGUGCAUAGAAGUGGAUGGCCAGGCUCCCAAUUCAGACGAUCCGCCGCUGUAUGAUGCCCCGAGUGUCAGACAGGCCAUAGACAGAAUUCUGCGACAAGAAAACUAG